AUGGGUGUGAUAUGUGAUAAGGCCAAGCAUCGGUCCAAGGCAAAACUGGCAAAACUCGCCGGUGAUGACGAUGGAGAUGAUCUGCCAAGGUUCAACGGCAGAAUCAUCUUCCUUCAUCGGAUCCGGAAGAAUAUGAAUAAUAAUAAUAAUAAUAAUAAUAAUAAUAAUAAUAAUAAUAAUAAUAAUAAUAAUAAUAAUAAUAAUAAUAAUAAUAAUAAUAAUAAUAAUAAUAAUAAUAAUAAUAAUAAUAAUAAUAAUAAUAAUAAUAAUAAUAAUAAUAAUAAUAAUAAUAAUAAUAAUAAUAAUAAUAAUAAUAAUAAUAAUAAUAAUAAUAAUAAUAAUAAUAAUAAUAAUAAUAAUAAUAAUAAUAAUAAUAAUAAUAAUAAUAAUAAUAAUAAUAAUAAUAAUAAUAAUAAUAAUAAUAAUAAUAAUAAUAAUAAUAAUAAUAAUAAUAAUAAUAAUAAUAAUAAUAAUAAUAAUAAUAAUAAUAAUAAUAAUAAUAAUAAUAAUAAUAAUAAUAAUAAUAAUAAUAAUAAUAAUAAUAAUAAUAAUAAUAAUAAUAAUAAUAAUAAUAAUAAUAAUAAUAAUAAUAAUAAUAAUAAUAAUAAUAAUAAUAAUAAUAAUAAUAAUAAUAAUAAUAAUAAUAAU